AUGGCCCCACCCUACAAGGGGAUACUCGUCACCCUAGCGGUCAUCCUCACAGACUCCCUGUACACUCAAUUGCUGUUAGAGGAGGCCCACCAAAGGAUGUUUGGACCAUCUGCGCUCAUCUGUCUCGAUCUUUUUGAUGACCUCCACAAAGGGAAGAUGUUUGAGAGCAACACCGAGUUCAUUGAGAGUGGUGGAGGGAUUGUGACGUUGACGUACACGUCUGCCAAUGACGUCCCAGACAUGUUCAAUGGGCGAGGCUGCUGGAGAGGUCAAGAACAGAGACUACGCUCAUCCAUCUAUGACGAUGAGCUGUUCGUCGAGAGGAAGAAUGCUGACCUGAUACCAACGCAAGCCCUUCAGCACUUUCCUACAUACAUCUCUGUGAAAUCACCGACUUACAGAAAGGCAGAAGACUCGUCACAAGGUACCCAAGACAAGACAGUCUAUCCAACUGGAGGGCGAGCCGGUGAUGACUUUCUGAUUGCUGGUGAAGGUGACAACAACGAAAGCAUUAUACUCUUCACCACAAGAGAAAACAAGAACACCUCUGUGAUGCUGAUAACGAGGCAACCUACACCAGGACAUUUCAGACGAUACAACAAGAAGCAGAGCGACACCAUCUGCUUCUCCAACCACAAGUCCUUUCAGAUUGACCUUGAAGAGGCUGCUGCAAAUGCUGCUACUCCUGCGUUCGACAGAGUACAGAUCCGCAGAUGUUUCUUCCACUUUGCUGAGCCAUGGACGUCCGUAGAUUCUGCGAACGUGAUCAGCAAAGACGCUAGCAAAGCUAGCCACAACAAUGGCGAGAGCACCUACAAGUUGCCGAAACACCUUCUGUACAGCACCCCCUCUCCUUCACUGGAGCCUCCCCACCGCCGAGUGCGGAGGGACCUCACCCUCAGUGAGGACCGGAUUCACAUACACGGGAGACUCCGCAUCAUUCACGGGAUAGACUGGAACCCGGACUUCCUGUACAGCAACACGUCGGCAUUCGUCGACUUGGAAGAUAAAAUCAUCAAUCUGCUGGAUUCAAUACUUCUGUCGAGCUCCCUGUCGGAUAACUAUUACUCUGCCGUCAUCCAAGGCUUCAGAGAAGGCAGUGUGGAGGUGGACUUCACAAUCGUAUUGAAGACUCCCAACACAACCAGCAACAGCAGCAGCGACAACUCCACCACCGUCAUCGACGGCAGCACCCUUACUGGCGUUUUCAUGGAUGCACUCAGCAAUGCCUCGUCAAACUUCAGCGUAGAAACGAAUCAGACAAAUUUCUUUGAGGUCGUGAUUGAGUCAGCAGCCAGUAUCAUCAGCCAGACAGACUCUACAGAGACUCUGAGUUCUCUGAUGUCCUCCUACCUUGAACUCACCACUCAAGGACAGUCCUCAGACGUAAUGUCCUCACCGACUAGCUUACCAGAAGCAGUAAGCCUCAUUACAAGUUCGCCAGUAAGUGACCUUUAUUCUGAUUCGGUUGUUGAUAGCUCGCAUGGCUCGUCAACAGAACUACCAAGCGCUGCACUGCUGACAUCUGUUAGUCUGCUAUCUCAACACUCCUCCGAGUCCACUGUGUCUUCAUCCGAGACUCAAACAGCAGAGCAAACUGAUCCCACCAAGCAACUGUCAGCUUCUGCUUCUGUCAUCUUAUCUACAGAUGCUACUGCUAUGCUCUCUUCUGAAGCUUCAUCAACUGCCCAUUCAUCUACUAUUUCAUCAUUCGUGACAUCAUCAUCAUCUUUGGCAUAUGCUGAUUCUUCUGUUAUCUCAUCUGAAGCUCCAUCAACUGUUUCUUCAUCUGCUGCCUCGUCUACUGUAAUGCCAUCUUCAGCGGAUUCCUCAACUGUAAUGUCAUCUUCAGCUGAUUCAUCAACUGUAAUGUCAACUUCGGCUGAUUCGUCUUCUGUAAUGUCAUCGUCGGCUGAUCCGUCUGCAGCUGAUUCGUCAACUGUUAUGUCAUCGUCAGCUGAUUCGUCUACUGUAAUGUCAACUUCGGCUGAUUCGUCAACUGUAAUGUCAUCGUCAGCUGAUUCGUCUACUGUAAUGUCAUCUUCAGCUGAUACGUCAACUGUAAUGUCAUCUUCAGCUGAUACGUCUAUUGUAAUGUCAUCGUCAGCUGAUUUGUCUACUGUAAUGUCAACUUCGGCGGAUUCGUCAACUGUUAUGUCAACUUCGGCGGGUUCGUCAACUGUAAUAUCAUCGUCAGAUGAUACGUCUACUGUAAUGUCAACUUCAGCUGAAUCGUCUACUGUAAUAUCAUCUUCAGCGGAUUUUUCUUCUGUAAUGUCAUCGUCAGCUGAUUGGUCUACUGUAAUGUCAUCUUCAGCUGAUACGUCUGCUGAUUCCUCUGCAGUUUCUACAUCCACGAUCCCAUUAGAAGCUUCGCCAACUGCCAUUCCAUCUGCUGCUUCUUCAACGGUGAUAUCAACUUUAACAUCUGCUGAUUUCGCUGAACCUUCCACAACUAUGACCCCAACUGAUAAUCUGUUACCUUCAUCACUGGUCACCUCAACUGAAGCUGUGGCUUCUCCGCUGGAAAGCCUGUCGUCGACAGAAUCCACAAAGGUAACACAGGCCCAUAUACUUGAAUCAUUCAUCACUAACUUUUCGGAAACUAUUGCAGAAACAUCAUUAUCAUUAUUAUUAUCGUCAUCGCCUGCUUUAACGUUGAUGCCCCCAGCUCCUACCCUCUUCAGCAGUGAUGCAGGCAGCACCACCGAAGACAUAUCAUUUUACACUGAACAUGUUCCAGUAGGAGGUAGUAGCAUUGCGACGUCUGAUUCAUGGUCUGAUUCAACAGUAAUGUCACCUUCAGCUGAUUCGUCAACUGUUAUGUCAUCUUCAGCGGAUUCGUCUACUGUAAUGUCAUCGUCAGCUGAUUCGUCUACUGUAAUGUCAUCGUCGGCUGAUUCGUUCACUGUAAUGUCAUCGUCGGCUGAUCCGUCUACUGUAAUGUCAUCGUCGGCUGAUCCGUCUACUGUAAUGUCAUCGUCGGCUGAUUCGUCUACUGUAAUGUCAUCCUCAGCUGAUUCGUCUACUGUAAUGUCAUCGUCGGCUGAUUCGUUCACUGUAAUGUCAUCGUCGGCUGAUCCGUCUACUGUAAAGUCAUUGUCGGCUGAUCCGUCUACUGUAAUGUCAUCGUCGGCUGAUUCGUCUACUGUAAUGUCAUCGUCAGCUGAUUCAUCUACUGUAAUGUCAACUUUGGCUGAUUCGUCAACUGAAUUGCCAGCUUCGGCGGAUUCGUCAACUGUAAUGUCAACUUCGGCUGAUUCGUCUACUGUAUUGUCGUCUUCAGCUGAUUCGUCAACUGUUAUGUCAUCUCCGGCUGAUCCGUCUGCUGAUUCAUCAACCAUGAUGUCAUCUUCGAUCGAAACUUCCACCGCUUCACCUACCAUGUCAUCUUCAGCUGAUUUGUCUACUGUAUUGCCAGCUUCGGCGGAUUCGUCAACUGUAAUGCCAACUUCGGCUGAUUUGUCAACCGUAAUGUCAUCUUUAACUGAUUCGUCUACUGUGAUCUCAUCUUCAGCUGAUUCGUCUACUGUAAUAACAUCUGCUGAUUUCGCUGAACCUUCCACAACUAUGACCCCAACUGAUAAUCUGUUACCUUCAUCACUGGUCACCUCAACUGAAGCUGUGGCUUCUCCGCUGGAAAGCCUAUCAUCGACAGAAUCCACAAAGGUAACACAGAUCCAUAUACUCGAAUCAUUCAUCACUAAUUUUUCGGAAACUAUUGCAGAAACACCAUUAUCAUUAUCGUCAUCGCCUGCUUUAACGUUGAUGCCCCCAGCUCCUACCCUCUUCAGCAGUGAUGCAGGCAGCACCACCGAAGACAUAUCAUUUUACACUGAACAUGUUUCAGUAGGAAGUAGUGGCAUUGCGACGUCUGAUUCAUGGUCUGAGUCAACAGUAAUGUCAUCUUCAGCUGAUUCGUCAACUGUUAUGUCAUCUCCAGCUGAUCCGUUUGCUGAUUCAUCAACCGUGAUGUCAUCUUCUAUCGAAACCUCUGCCUCUUCAUCUACAAUGUUAUCUUCAGCUGAUUCGUCAACUGUUAUAUCACCGUCAGCUGAUUCGUCUGCUGUAAUGUCAUCUUCAACUGAUUGGUCCACUGUAAUGUCAUCUUUAGCUGAUGCGUCUGCUGAUUCCUCUGCAGUUUCUACAUCCACAAACUCAUUAGAAGCUACCAUGUCCCCUUCAGCUGAUUCGUCUACUGUAAUGUCAUCUUCAUCAUCAUUAACAGGUUCCAGUGCUCCCGAGUCAGCUGCAGUAACAUCACAAGAAGCUUCCAGCUCAACUUUAGUAAUGCUGGAGACAUCUUCACCGAUUACGUCCGACAGCAGUACAAGACUUUUGACUGAAGAAAGUGGACAGUUCUCAACAUCGGUCGAGACCCAUGGACUAACUACUGAAAUAUCUAAUGUAGCAUCAAGUGAUACUCACAUCCUCUUCUCAACAAUAGCCCUAAUGACAUCAGAGAUUAUCGAGGCCUCACCCCCAGUUGUUCCUGUUUCAUUUACUAAAACAUCAGCUAGCGCUGACGAAAACUCCGCAGCAAGUUCCAAAGCCACAUCUAAGGACAUUGAUUCAUCACCAACAAAAGAAGUGCAUUAG